UCUCUGUUUGUUUUUUCCUGGAAAAUCCUCUCUUUCUUUAUUUUGUUCAAAGAUAAUGGCUCAGCAGAUCUCGAAUAAGCACUUCCUACUUAGCCGCAGCUGAAAAAAAAACAUAAUCCAUGCUUUCUUUUUUGUUGUAUUCACAUUUUCUCGGGAAAAUAAAAAAAACUUCUUUUUCCUCUUCUCUGUUUUCUCAGCAGCUUCUUGAAGUAAAGAAGAUUGAGUCGAAUCUCAGAAAAUCCUCUGAUUGGUUAUUUUCUAAACAAAAAAAAAAACUGUUCCUUUCUCCUUUUUUAUUAUAAAGAGAUCUUGUUGAGGAGAGUGUGAAGUGAAUGAAAAAAUGCAGCACAACGGCUUUUUCCUGGGGUGCAAUCACUUAAACCGUGACAUUACUACAGAUGCGAGAACUGGCUAUCGUUUGUAUCCAGUACAGGACAUUGAUUCGGUGUUAUCAAAUGUGAAUGUUGAUGAUACAUUCUCUGCAUUGUACGGUGAUCUUUAUGUUAAACAGUUGAAGGAAACACUGAAGCACACCAUGCUUGUACAAGAAUCCGUCUUUGAAAGCCAGAUCCAUGAGCUUCAUCGUCUCUAUCAAAGGCAGAAGGAACUGAUGAUGGAAAUGGAGGGAACUCGACAACACGAGGAGGCCUUGUACCUUAACUCUAGUGUCCCUAGCCCUACAACACACUGGAUGAGCUCAAACGUCUCCACUUAUCAAACUUAUGAAGAAAACAUUCCUAAUCAGACUGAAGCUGCAGAUAAUGUCAAGAAGCCUGAGAAGAUGGUCUUGGAUCUGGAGUUACCGGUUCUAGAGUGUCAUGAUGGAGAGGAAGAGACGAGUCUGAUGAAUGGUGAAGUUGCAAACUCUCUUGAAUCUGGUAGCCAGUCGAAUAAGCUGCAGUUUGAUUUGAAUGAACCGGCUGAGAUCGAGGAACACUAUCAGUUCCUUAGUCCAGUCUCAUCGGAUGAGUCUGAUAAAAAGAAUGAGGGAGAAGAAGGUUCAGUAAAGGGCUCCUGCUGGAUGUAUGAAGCGAAAGGUUAUGGAAUUGACUUGAACAUGUCUCCCCUUUCAUCUCUAGAGGAAGUAAAUGUUGUUGUUAAGAAGCUUGGAGAAGAGAAACCUCAAGAGUGUUUAUCAGAGAAGUCACGAGUGUUGGUUCAAGCGCUGCCGUGUUUAAACAGCACUCUACUUUUGAACAAGCCACAUGACUCAUACAAGCCAAGGAAGAAGAAGAAGAAGAAAGUAAGACUUGGUCCAGUUGAUAAAACUUUCAGAGGCUCAGAUCUUGACCUGCACUCAAGUGCUCAAGCCACUACUGAUAAAGGGACUAAAGUAGUUGGGAAGAAGAAACGGAAGAAGAGCAGAAGGAUAUGUCUUGUGAAAGAGGGGAAUUAUAAAGAGAUAUCUGCAGCUGAGGCUAUGGUUGAUAUGUCUAGAAAGUCUGGUCGUGAAGCCUCUGAGUUCAUCACUUACUUGAGCAGAAAAAAUCUACUUAUGUUGGCUGAGGUUUCUUCUUUGGUUGUUGGAGGCUACGAGUUAGACUAUUCUGAGGCAACGACAGAGAUGAAUCUGGAGGACCACAAGAGAAUUCUGAGAUCGAAUACUACUGCAGUUAACAAAACAUCAGUCUCUAGCAUUGUCCUUAAAAAGCAGAAGAGGAGCUAUGCCAAGGGGAAACGCAAAGAUGACCUGCAAGGCACAUUUUCAGAAUGUGAAGCCAGCGAGGAGGAUCUGCAAGUAAAGGUAGAUGAAGUUUCUGACCAAGAAGGGCACUGCGAGUUCCACAAGAAGAAGAGAAGAAGCUCUACUCUUAAACGGACAGAAGGUUUCACUUGGGGAGCCAAGAGUAAGCGAAGACGAGGCUCUAGGAUUCCUGCUGUUGAUUUUCAGCAUAUGAUCAUCAACCAAUAGUAUAAGCCAAAACUAAAGAGAUGACUACAAUACUUACUUACCAUAGUUUGCUUUCUGCUCUUGAGCGAAUCAAGAAUCUCAGUGGAGAUGGGUUUUGCAACAAGCGUCUUGUCACAGAGAUCAAGACUACAAAGGAGAAUCAAAGAUCCCUAAACUUUUGAAUAUUUGGAGGGCGGGGUGGGGUGGAGUUAGCUAUGUCUAGUUCAUCAAAAAUGAUAAUGAUUGUGUUUAAACUAGAGUUAGUGCUUAUACAUAGUUGAGUAGAGCCAACUCGAAGUUCAUUACGAGUUAGUUCACAGAUUCGUCCCACAACUUCAUUUCCAAAAAUCCAUCCACACAUUCCAUGAAUCAUAAACACGAGUGACA